GUGGUUCGUAAACAAUCGUGAGACAUAGUUUGGCAACAGGCUGGUUGCAGGUGAAUUUGUUGUGUGCGUGCGAACUUUUUUUUUUAGUUUAGUUUUGUUUGUUGUGCAUUUUGCGUGUUGCUAUUGAGCAAAACAUGUCCAAUAAAAAGAGGUUUUAGAAUAUUCCGUCCCAAUUUGUGAUUUAACCCGCCGAAAACAGGUUUUCCUUUAAACAAUGGAGGUGUUACCAUGGAAAAGAGUUUCAUUUUUGUGUUUGGCGUAUCUUUACUUAAACGAAGUGCACUCCUUCGGCGGCCUACCAUACGCGGGCCCGUCCAAUCAGUCUGAGGCGUACUUCAACGGUUCGUCGUACCUGAGACUUCAAACCACCAUAUCGCUGAAACGACCCACCGGAUUGAGCUUCAGAACGUGCCAAGGCGGGAAACUAUUUUCCCAGCAGCAAAACGACGACCUUCUCGAGUUGUCCGUCAACCCCAAGGGCGUGGUUUUCAAAGCCAAGUCGGACGGCAUACUGUACGAGGAGAUCAUGUUCGGAAACUACGUCAACAACAAGUGGCACACUGUAUUUCUACAGUACAGACUCGGUAACUUGACCUUGGAAGUCGACGGCAACUUGCAACUGGUGGCCAACUCCAGCUACCAUUAUGACCUGCUCGCCGGCAGCGGUUUAUACAACGAGGGGGCGGCGGUACUGCUGAUCGGCAAAAAUUUCAACGGCUGCCUCCUCGAGGGACCGUCCGUGGUCUUCGAACCGAAUCUCAUCACUUCCAGCCACAACGUGGUGUUCGGCAGGUGUCCCAUACCGUUGGACAGUUGUAAACCGGUGGAAACCGGAUAUGACUAUUGCAUCACGGAGCCGUGCAUGAGACACGGUACGUGUCUCAGCGGACAAAACACCUACACGUGUGCUUGUCUACCCCGCUACACCGGCAAGAACUGCGAGAUCGAUUUGGGCAAUCCGUGCGAUAAGCGCCCGCCCCUUUGCCGCAACGGCGCCACCUGCAGUUCCGACGCUGCGGGCGAUUACCUCUGCACGUGCGCUCCCGGAUUCACCGGUCGAAGAUGCGAGAGCGAGAUCAAAAUUCACCCCAAGUGCAAAAUCAACCCGUGCCUGAACGGGGGCAGUUGCGACAUCGAUCCAGACACGGACGCCAUCUAUUGUCUGUGCAGACCGGGAUUCAGCGGUCCCCACUGCGACGUCAACGUCGACGAGUGCACGCCUAAUCCGUGCUUCAAUGGAGGCGCCUGCGUCGACGCACUGAACAACUUCACGUGCGACUGCAACCACACGGGUUACCGGGGGCGGAUGUGCGACAUCAAUAUCAACGAGUGUCUGGCCAAUCCGUGCCUUAACGGCGGCAUUUGUUUCGACACGUACGGUUCAUACCUGUGCCAAUGUCCUGCUGGUUUUGGCGGAAAGAACUGCCAGUUUAGUGUCGACGAAUGCGCGUCACAGCCCUGCUUCAACAACGGCAUCUGCGUGAGCCACGCGAACAGCUACGAGUGCAAGUGCCUGCCAGGUUACCUGGGCGACAACUGCGAGAUCGAACAACGGCAGCAGAAGCAUUGCGUGCCCGGGUUCUGCCCCCCUUACUCCGACUGCGUCGCGGACACGACUCUCGGCCCCAGAUGCGUCUGUAAGCCAGAGUACCCGGGCGAUUUUCCCAACUGCAACACCCUGUGCGCGAACAACCCGUGCAAAAACGGCGGUUCGUGCGGUACCGUCAACGGUAACCUCAACUGCACGUGUCCGCCUGGCUUCGCAGGUCGUCUAUGCCAGAUCAACGUCAACGAGUGCGUGUCGAAUCCUUGCCUGAACGGUGGCGUAUGCGUCGACAAGGUGGACUCGUUCGCGUGCAACUGCACGGAGCAAUGGAUGGGCCCCAUCUGCGAGAAACCGUACGACGUGUGCGGAUUGGGCCCGUGCCAGAAUGGCGGCGAUUGCGUGUCCGCCCCCAAUAAGCGAGACUUCGUUUGCGAGUGCCCGCCCGGUUUCGAAGGCGCGAGGUGCGAGAUCAACGUGGACGAUUGCGAGGACAUCGCCUGUCCUCACGGUCAAGUCUGUUUCGAUUUGGUCAACGGGCACGAGUGCAAAUGUCCGUCGGGCUACGUGGGCGACGACUGCAGCACGGACGUGGACCCCUGCGCGCGCGAUCCUUGCUACAACGGCACCUGCGUCGUCGACAAAAGCUCCAGGCAGACCGUGUGCAAGUGCCACCCCGGAUUCACGGGUCCUCUCUGUGAUAUGGACGUCAACGAGUGCUUAAUCCCGGGCUCGAAGAUUUGCAACAACGGCAUCUGCGUCAAUACCGAGGGCAGUUUUCAGUGCUAUUGCAUGCCCGGCUUCACCGGCGAGCGCUGCAACCUCGACUUCAACGAGUGCCUGUCGAUGCCUUGUCGUAACAAUGCUACCUGUGUCAACCUGAUCAACAACUACGAGUGUAGGUGCCCGGCCGGAUACGAAGGAAAGGACUGCUCGUUAAACAUCGACGACUGCGCCGUCGAGCCUUGCAUGGAGGGCGCCACCUGUGUUGACGGCGUCGACGAGUACACGUGCGUGUGCCCCGCCGGUCUCGCUGGCAAGCUGUGCGACAUCAACAUCGACGACUGCGAGUCUUCUCCGUGCCUGAACGGUGCGAGGUGUAUAGACGGCCUAAACGAGUACGCGUGCGACUGCAGCGACACCGGCUACGAGGGUACGCACUGCGAGAACAACAUCGACGACUGUAAGGGUAACCCGUGCAUGAACGGGGCGGAGUGUGUGGACCGGGUGAAGGACUACGCGUGCAAUUGCUACGACGGCUACACCGGCCGGAAUUGCGAGAUCGACAUCCCCGAAUGCGAGAGCAAUCCUUGUAAGUACGGCGGCGUCUGCCUCGAGAAGUCCAACAUGACGUUGUAUAACCCGAGUAUCGUCGCCGCCCUCAACGUCACCCUUCCCGACUCGUUCGAUAGGCCUUUUAACUAUUCGGCCGCCGAUGGGUACGAAUGUCUGUGCAUUCCGGGAGUCACCGGCCACAACUGCGAGAUCAACAUCAAUGAGUGCGAAUCGAACCCGUGCCAUUUCGGCGCAUGCCUAGACCAAAUCGGAGGAUACGAAUGCGAAUGCGAAGAUGGCUACGAAGGGAAGCACUGCGAAAUGGACAUAGACGAGUGCGAUAAGUUCAAGCCGUGCGUGCACGGUACUUGCGACGACAGGGUUGCCAAUUACUUUUGUUACUGCGAGCAGGGUUUCGGCGGUAAAAACUGCUCGGUGGAGCUGAUAGGGUGCUUUGACGGACCGUGUCAGAACGGGGGCGAGUGCCAGCCCUACUUGAUCAACGAGAACGAGCACCGGUUUAACUGCACCUGUAGGAACGGCUACAACGGCCACAUCUGCGAGAAGAUAACCACGAUGUCGUUUUCCGGCAACUCUUUGGUGAUCGUCAACACCACCCGCGAGGAGGGCUACGACGUCCAGUUCCGUUUCAAGACGAACAUCGGGGACGGUUUGCUGGCCCUCGGCAAAGGACUCACCUAUUACAUUUUGGAGUUGUCCAGGGGCCGGCUCAAUUUGCAGACGAGCCUGCUCAACAAGUGGGAGGGGGUGUUUAUCGGGUCCAAUCUGAACGACAGCAAUUGGCAGAGCGUGUUCGUCGCGAUCAACUCCACCCACUUGGUGCUGGGCGCGAACGAGGGCCGUACCAUCUACCCCAUUACCUUCAACGAGAACUACAAUAUUUCCCCCACCAGUUUUCCCGUGACUUAUUUCGGCGGGAUCCCUUUCAACCUGAGAAAACUCACGCACGGGCAGCCGUUCUUGGUCGGCUGCGCCGAAGAUAUUCUGAUCAACAACGAGUGGGUGUUACCACAGUCGAAGAACACCACGCUGCUCACCUUCCAGAAUAUCGAAGUUGGGUGCACGCGGGAGCCUCAGUGUAGCCCGAACCCUUGCCACUCCGGCGGCCACUGCACCGACCUCUGGCGGACUUUCAGUUGCACAUGUGAGAGACCCUACCUGGGCAACACGUGUCAACACAACUAUACUGCGGCCACCUUCGGUCACGAAGGUAUCACCGACUCUCUCGUCACUGUCGACGUGUUCGAUUACGCUCGGCGGGCUGUCGAAACGGUCGUCGAUAUCAGCAUGUUCAUACGUACGCGACAGUCUAGAGGGCAGAUAUUCUACUUGGGUUCGUUCCUGGGCGCGUCGAACUUCCAAAACGAGACGUAUAUCGCGGCGCAGCUCGAAGGAGGUGAACUGCUGGUACGGAUUCAAAUCAACGGGUCCCUGGAGGCCUACACUGUCAGCGGCGUAAAACUCGAUAACGGCUACAAUCAUCUGAUCAAAGUCAUCAGGAACUUCACGUUGCUCCAAGUGAAACUGAACGGUAGCGAUUACUUCAGGAAACCGGUAGCCGCGCCGGGCAUCCUGGAUGCGCAGGUCUUGUUCUUGGGCGGGCAACCGCAGCUGAGGUCGGUGCGGCAGGCCGAGCACGGGUCCAAAACGAAAGCCGACCUAUUGUCCCCGACCGCAUCCACCGUCCUAGCAUCCACAUUAAGCAACGUCAACUUCAAAGGUAUCAUACAAGACGUCCAGAUCAGCAACGGUUCGAAUGUAAUGGUGGUCGAGUUCUUCCCCUUGGCCACCCGGGACUUGCUUAUACCGCCCGCCUUCGGUUCGGUGUCCUUCGACAAGUCCUUGGUGCUCGAGGGCGUCGUUUCCGACGACCUGUGCAAGGUGAACCCUUGCGAGCACAACGGUCGCUGCGAGGUCACGUGGAACGAUUACCGAUGCGUCUGCACCCGCGGCUUCAAGGGCAAAAACUGCAACGAGCUGGAGUUCUGUGAACUAGAGGGUUGUCCGACAGGCGCAGUUUGCAAGAACUUGGAGGACGGCUACGAGUGCAUCGCGAACGCGACAUUCGAUGGUACCCAGGAACCGUUACAGUACCGUCUCACGCUCCUACCCAACUCGACGGACGAUUUUGAGGUUAACGGCAUGGAGUUGACUUACCGCACCAGAUCGUGGGGGACUUUGUUGUUCGCGAAAUUGGAUGCCGACCACUUCGCCAUCUUCAUUUACCACAACGAGGUGGUGAUCGUGUGGAGUUUGGAGGGCGUGACGGGCACCAAGCGUCUGAAAAAGGAGAAAUUCGACGGGCAGUGGCUCGAUCUGGUGCUGGUGUUUCGCGAUCGAACGCUCGCCGCCGGUUUCCGCGAGAAUUUCCUCGACAAGUCGUACAACCUGGAGCCGGUGGACAUUGACACGGAGACGUUGAGCCUCCUGCUCAAACACGGCGACGUCUACGUGGCGGGAAGCGAUGGGAAAACGUUCGACUACCAAGCGCUGAUCGAGAACACCGAUCUGAACGCUACAGGGUACUUCACGGUACUCGAUACCACUACCGUGGAUAGCCUGGUGGUCGACAAUUCUCUAGAGUCGACCGAGCUGUACGUCGAUGAACUGUUUCUGUACAAAAUCGACCGGAACAAGAAAAGCGAUCGGUUCAGGGGGUGCCUGGGGGAAAUCCGAAUUGAUGGCCUGCUGCUGCCAUACUUCACAACCGCGGAGCUCUAUCACAAGCAGACGUACGCCGAGGAACUGUUUGAGCUACAGCCGUCCACUAAGCCGGUACUGGGCUGCGUACUGUGCUACGACGCGGACUGUUCAGACAGAGGUGUCUGUGUCAACACCACCGAGACGUACCGUUGCGCUUGCGACGACGGCUACAAAGCGGACGACUGCUCCAUCGACAUAAACGAAUGCGAGAACCACCAGUGCCAGAACAACGCGACCUGCGUCGAUCUCGUGGCGCGAUAUCAGUGCGAGUGUCUCGCCGGCUACGAGGGACGAUUCUGCGAGAACGACAUCGACGAAUGCCUAAGCGAUCCCUGCGAGCACGGCGGUACCUGCCUCGAUCUGAUCGGUACCUUCAAGUGCGAGUGUCCCGACGGUUUCGUAGGUAAACAGUGCGAAGCGCCUCUGCUAAUCACGUGCGAGAACAAACCGUGCCGAGAGGGCGCCACUUGCAAAACCGGACCCAACGAACAAACCGGGUACAACUUUACGUGUUUCUGCACGGAGGGCAUGGAGGGUCCGUUGUGCGACACGCCCUUCUGCCAACGGAAACGAUGCCAGCAGGGCUACUGCAACGCCACCGCGCGUGUACCUUUCUGCGACUGUCAGCCGGGAUUCGAAGGUCGCUUCUGCGAGGUGAACGUCAACGAAUGCGUCGCCGCGAACGGUAAAAGUCCCUGCCAGAACGGGGGCGUCUGCGUCGACGGGAUAGCGCGCUACGACUGCAACUGCAGCGGCACCGGUUUCACCGGCCUUUUGUGCGAAAUGGACAUCGAUGAGUGUAAGCUGAGUCCUGCCGCUUGCGGUGAGAUGGGCGUGUGCGAGAAUCUGCCGGGGAACUACCGGUGCACGUGUGGCGUACCCGGCAAGUGCGGCCAUCAUUGUCUUCUAGACGACCCGUGCGUGCACGACAGGCCGUGCGCGAACGGUCGCUGCGAGUCGCAAUGCAAGAGCAUCGCCGACUACUUCUGCGAGUGCGAGGGCAACUUCACCGGCAAGAACUGUACCGAGCUCAAGAUGUCGGCCAGCAAGGCCGAGUCGGGACUGAACAUCCUAUAUGUCAUCGUGCCCAUAGUGCUGAUCCUCCUGGCUGCUUUCGUCAUCGGAAUGGCGGUACUGGUAAAUGUGGCACGCAGUAAGCGAGCCACGAGGGGCACUUACAGCCCUUCUGCGCAGGAGUUUUGCAAUCCCCGGGUCGAACUCGACUACGUGCUGAAGCCGCCGCCCCUGGAACGGCUCAUUUGACGUCGCUCCCGGCUUCCUCAUAUCGCGUCGCUCUCUUUCCUUCGACGAAUCUCCUCGACGCUCUACUUUAAAGGUAAACGCCGGUAGGUGGCGUCCCGUGACAUACUCGUUUUUCGUUAUCGUUUUGUUCUUCGCGUAGACUCUUGAAUUUCGGGAACUAUAUUUUCCAGUUUUCGAAAAAGUGUUAAUAUUUGUCUUUAUUAUGUACUUAAUUUUUUCUAUCAUUAUUUCGCUUUUAUUGACUCCAUUUUUUUUUUCGACCACUUUGUAAGUACUUAAAUUUUAUGCAUUUAUAUAGACGUAUACGCAGUCUUAUGAUGUUGCCCGUCCAGUUUAUAAAACGGCCCCCUAGAAUCAAACGAUAUUAAUGUUUUUCCAUAAGACUGUUCAAUUUUAGAAUGGAGGGGGCUCGUUAUUAUAAAUAUAAUCAAAAAUAAAUUAAGAUAUGUGAUAGGUUUUAAAUAGCGCAGGCCUGACUGUGCGGAUGCCUUGUCGAUACCAGGUGAUUUAAAUACGUAGCUAUUUAAUUAUGUAUAACUAAUAAGACCAAAGUAACUAAUUACCCUUGUACAUACAUUAGACUUUUAGCCCGUAAUAUCUGAUUUUUAAGUCCAUGUAAAAUAAAAUUAAUUGUU